CGUUGCACAGCCCAGUCACAGUGUAGGGAUAGAUAUAGAAGUAGAAUUGCAUCAUGAUGAUGAUGAUGAUGGGAUGAGGAUGAGGUGCUGCAUCCUCUUACAGACUUAAAUAAGGUUGAUAGAGUUUUAGAGCACAGCCAAGCAGUACGCUUUGUAAGUGGCAGUGAAGACAAUGAGAGUGAAUUAAAAAAGAUCCGUGACUUCGUGUGCAAAGGCUGCAGACUUUACAAUGGAGGGUCGUGUAUUCGUUCGUUUGAGGAAGAAUUCAUCCUGGGUCUUCGCGUCAACAUGUCGUCACUUUCCGACUUUGAAAAGGAUCUUAUUCUUCUCGGAAAAAUAAGCUGCCACUUCCAGAACACAAAGUUGACCCAGUCGACGAAACAGAAAACUAAGACAGAACGUCAGCAUCAGAGGACGGAGCACUACGUUAAUGGAACUCGUGUUUGUCGGGAAGCUUUUAAAUUUCUUCACUGUAUCAGCCAAAACAAACUCACAGCACUUCUCAAGCAUUACAAGGAAUUUGGCUUGACUCCACGAGUAAAGAAGUCUGGAGGUCGUCGGCGGGCAGAAAAGAGGCUUCUCACUCAUGAGGACAUCUGUCUGCCACAAAGACCUCCUGAUGUAAAUCCUCCUGGUCUGGAUGCAGAACAGCAGGAUUACCUGUUCGAAAACAUUUGUGAACAUACGAAGGAUAUUUCUUGCCCAAAGCCGGCUACAGCAGCAGAGAGAAGAGACACCACUGACAUGACUGACAACACCAAUCAGGCACUGCUGCGCAGCCAAAGAAAAGGGAGAGAGCAUGAGAGGAACUCCAGUCUGGACCAGCAGGAUGCAGAACUUCCUCAGAUUAAAGAGGAAGAAGUCUGCAGCAGUCAGGACGGAGAGCAGCUUGUAGUGAAGCAGGAGACUGAUGACAUCAUCGUCUGGACCGGGGAAGAGAGGCUCAAACUGCUGGAUAACAUCUGGAAACCGGAAAUAAACUUACGCAGUGUAGGCCAGCAGGUCUGCAACCAGGAGAGGAAACUCAAGUAUGACCAGGAGGAUCCAGAACCUCCACAGAUUAAAGAGGAACAGGAGGAACCCGCACCGGUCAUAUACUGA